AUGACCAACCAAGAAGAACCCAUCGCCGUAAUCGGCAUGUCCUGCCGCUUCCCCGGCGGCUCUUCCUCCCCCUCCAAACUCUGGGACCUCCUCCGCGCGCCCAAGGACAUCGCCAAGCCCGUCCCCGCCGACCGGUUCGAUGCCGAAGGGUUCUGGCACGCCAACGGCUCGCACCACGGCGCGACUGACUGCCGCGAGGCGUAUUUCCUGGACGAAGACGUCACGCGGUUUGAUAACGCGUUUUUUAACGUGCAGGCGGGCGAGGCUGAGGCGCUGGAUCCGCAGCAGCGGUUUUUGAUGGAGACUAUUUAUGAUUCUUUGGUCUCUGCGGGCCAAACAAUCGAAUCCCUCCGCGGCUCCCGCGCCGCCUGCUACGUCGGCCUGAUGUGCGACGACUGGUCGCAGAUGAACAGCCGCGACUGGGACCUCGUCCCUACUUACGCGGCGACUGGCACCAGCCGUGCUGUCGUGUCGAACCGGGUCUCAUAUUUCUUUGACUGGCACGGCCCCAGCAUGACGAUUGAUACGGCGUGCUCGUCGUCGCUGGUGGCGGUGCAUGAAGGCGUGCAUGCGCUGAGAAGGGGGGAUGCGCCGAUUGUGGUGGCGGCGGGGGCGAAUUUGAUUUUGUCGCCGGGCAUGAUGAUCGCCGAGAGCAACCUACACAUGCUCUCGCCCACCGGCCGCAGCAAGAUGUGGGACGCCGCAGCCGACGGGUACGCGCGCGGAGAAGGUAUCGCAGCGGUGGUUCUCAAGCCGCUCAGCGCGGCCCUGCGUGACGGCGACCCGAUCCACUGUCUCGUUCGUGGAACUGGAGUCAACCAAGACGGCCGCACCCCCGGCCUGACGAUGCCCAACAACGUGGCCCAAGCCGACCUGAUCCGCGACACGUAUGCGCGCGCGGGGCUCAACAUUUCCGACCCCAAGGACCGGCCGCAGUUCUUCCAUGCCCACGGCACGGGUACGCCGGCGGGUGACCCGCAGGAGGCGGAGGCGAUUUCCAAGGCGUUUUAUGGGGAGAGUGAGGAGCAUGAGCCGUUGUUUGUGGGGUCGAUCAAGACUGUUAUUGGACAUACAGAAGGCACAGCCGGUCUAGCCAGCCUGAUCGGCACAGCCGUAGCCAUGCAGCACGGCACGAUCCCGCCGAACCUGCAUUUCAAGAACAUCAGCCCCCGCGUGGCCGAGUUCUGCGGACGUCUGAAGGUCCCGACCGAGGCGGUGGCGUGGCCUGAGGUGGAUGGGCGGCGGAGGGCUAGUGUGAACAGUUUUGGUUUCGGCGGCACCAACGCCCACGCCAUCCUCGAGUCCUACACCCCAGCCACUCCCACCACCACGACUUCUCCCCCUAAAAGCAACACCCCCUUCACCCCCCUCACCCUCUCAGCCGCCUCUCCCUCCGCCCUCCGACGCACCCUCACCGACCUCUACUCGUUCCUCUCUUCCCCUGAGAAUGACAAGGAGGUGAAUCUGCGAGAUCUAAUCUACACCCACACCACCCGCCGCAGCACCCUGCCCUUCCGCAAAUCCAUCCCCAUUCCCUCCCUCUCGUCGUUGCUCUCCACGCUUGCGAGUCUGACCGACGCGUCGGCGGUCGACAGCGAGAAUGGGCUCACGACGCGGUACUUCGACGUCACCUCCCCAUCUAUCCUGGGUGUGUUCACCGGACAAGGCGCACAAUGGACGCGUAUGGCCGCCCACCUCCUCGAAUCUUCCCAGUUUGUUGCGGACCGGGUUGCAGAGCUCGACGCGGCGCUUACCUCCCUGCCGUCCGCUGACCGUCCCACCUGGACUUUGAAGGGACAGAUCCUGGCUGCCGCGGAAGAAUCCAAGGUUGGAGAGGCGGCUGUGUCACAGCCGUUGUGUACCGCCGUGCAGAUUGUGCUUGUCGAUUUGCUGCGGCAGGCUGGGAUCGAAUUCAAGGCUGUGGUGGGGCAUUCAUCUGGCGAAAUCGGCGCUGCGUAUGCGGCGGGGUUUUUGAAUGCUGUUGAUGCGGUUCGCGUGGCGUAUUACAGGGGUUUGUACGCCAAAUUGGCUGGGUCGGACAGCCAAAAAGGUGCUAUGCUGGCUGUUGGGACGUCGUAUGAGGAUGCCGCGGAGUUUGUGGCGCUGGAAGAGUUUGAGGGACGGAUUCAGGUUGCUGCGAGGAACUCGGCGACGAGCGUCACACUAUCAGGCGACGCAGACGCCAUCGAUGAAGCGGCAGAAAUCUUUCAGGAUGAGGGACGGUUUGCGAGGAAACUCAAAGUCGAUACGGCGUAUCACUCGCAUCAUAUGCUGCCUUGUGCUGAGCCGUAUCGGACGGCCCUCGAGGCGUGCGAUAUCAAAGUGGGAGAGGGGAAUGGGACGGUGUGGUAUAGCAGUGUGCUGGAGGAACGGGUGAUCACGCGGGAGGAUGUCACGCCGCAGUACUGGGUCGAUAACAUGACUAGUGCUGUGUUGUUUGCCCCGGCUGUUGCCAACGCUCUGCAGGCUGCUGAGUCGCCGGCUAACGCGUUUGAUAUCGCCGUGGAAGUCGGGCCGCACCCAGCUCUUAAAUCCCCCGCGCUGGACACCAUCGAAGAAGUCGCCGGCCACCGCAUCCCCUACACCGGCGUGCUCGCCCGCGGGAAGAAUGACACGCUGGAAUUCUCAGCGGCUCUCGGCUACCUCUGGACUCACCUCGGCGCAGGCAGCGUCAACUUCGACGCUGUCGAGCAAACCCUGUCGGGUGAUUCCUCACCGAAGAAGGUCCUCACCAACCUCCCGACUUACCCCUUCGACCACUCCCGCUCCUUCUACGCGCUCACCCGCUUCACCGGCGCACACCGCAACACCCACGCGCCUCCCAACCCUAUUCUCGGCCGGCGCUGCGUGGAAUCCGAGACAGCAGACGCCAUCUCGUGGCGUAACAUUCUCAAGAGCGGGGAGAUCUCCUGGUUACCCGGCCAUCAGCUCCAGGGUCAAACUGUGUUCCCCGCGAUGGGGUACGUGGCUAUGGCCGUUGAGGCUGGUGCUGUCCUCGCAAGCGACGCCAACCGCCCCCUCGGACUAGUCACCCUCGAAGACGUCGUCAUCGGCCGCGCACUGGCAUUCACCAACGACAGUGCAGGCAUGGAAGCCCGCGUCACCGUCCGCAUCGACACCUCCACCGCCGACUCCAUAACCGGCCACAUCUCAGUGCACUCCGGUCUCCCCUUCGACGGUGCCCCUCUCGCCCUCAACUACGCCGCUACCCUCCGUCUCGCGCUGCACGACCCGGCUCCGGAUACUCUCCCUGCUGUGAGGGCCGACGAAAUCAACCUCGUCAAAACCGACCCCGCGCGCCUCUACUCCCAAUUCACCCAGCUAGGCUACAACUACUCUCCCCCCUUUACGGGAGUCACUGCCAUCCAACGCAAGCGCGGGUUCGCCACCGGCAUAAUCGAGGAUAUUUCGGGGGAUUCCUGGGAAGACCAACUGAUCGUCCACCCCGGCUGGUUGGAUUUCGCUCUGCAAACCGCCUUUGCGGCGUACUCCUACCCGCAUGAUAACCGGCUCUGGUCGCUGCACGUCCCGACGGAGAUCAAAUCCCUCUCGGUAAACCCGUAUUUCCGCGGGGCGAAAACCCUGCACUACCAAUCCACUGCGCGUGAGGGGCUGGGAACCCCCGUGGCAGCUGACAUUGACCUGUUUGCUUCGGAAACGGAUACGUCUGCGUUUGUGCAACUGGAGGCGGUCCAAGUCAAGCCCUUUGCUGCGGCUACCCCGAGGGAUGAUGCGUUGUUGUUUGCGCGGUUUGUCUACCGUUUGGCUGCGCCUGAUGCCGUGCUAGCCGUUGGGGAGGAUGACCUUCUCCCGCCUGCGACAGAGGCAGUCGUCGCUGUCAUCGAGAGACUAGGGUUCUACUACCUCCGCCGGGUGCACGAGACCAUCACCCCCGCCGAACGGGAUUCUGCACUCCCGCAUUUCCGCCACCUCAUCGAUUUGUGCGGGAGGGUCGUGCCGUGGGUUGCGUCGGGACAGCAUCCGCAUGUGCCGAAGGAGGCGAUAAAUGAUUCAGCGGGGUAUGUCAAUGCCCUGGUGGAGAAAUACCAUGAUCGCGCGGAUAUCCGACUCCUCCAAGCUGUGGGGGAUAAUUUGGUGCCUGAGAUUAGAAGAGAUGGGAUUAUGCUCGAGCACAUGAUGAAAGACGGCAUCCUGGACCGGUUCUACGAAGAACUGGCCGGCCUGGACGUAGCCAACGUCUGGAUCGGGCGCAUGGUCGCUCAGGUAGCGCACCGACACCCAGGGCUCAAAAUCUUUGAGAUUGGUGCCGGUACGGGCGGGACUACGAGGUCGGUGCUGCCUGCGCUGGAGGGGUCGUUCAACAGUUAUACAUUUACGGAUGUGUCCGCUGGGUUUUUUGGAAGCGCCCAGGAGCGGUUCCGGCAGUGGGUUGACCGGAUGGUGUUUGCGACGUAUGAUAUGGAGAAGUCGCCCGAGGAACAGGGGUUUGAAGAGGGCGGGUAUGAUGUGGUGUUGGCGUCGAAUGUGUUGCAUGCGACGGGGCGACUGGAUGAUAUGAUGGCUAACACGCGGAAGCUGCUCCGGCCGGGUGGGUACCUGAUGAUGCUGGAGUUUGUGAGCAACGACCGGACGGGGAUUACGGCGUGUAUGGGUGGUCUGCCUGGUUGGUGGGGGAAUGGGGUGUAUGAUCCUGCGAGAGGCGACGGGCCGUGUUUGACGCCGGCGCAGUGGGAUGGAUUGGUGAGGAAACAUGGGUUUGCGGGGGUUGACACGCACACGCCGAUUGGACCGCAUCUGCAGUGGUAUACCGUGCAUUUGUGCCAGGCUGUGGAUGAUCGGGUGUUGGCGCUGAGGAAUCCUCUCGGGGCAUUGGGAACCCUAACCCUUACCCCUGAGACUUCCGACACCCUAACCCUGGCCCCUGAGACAAUCCCUGAGACGCCUCUCUCGACACUGGCCCCGCCGCCUCCGGAGCUGGUCAUCGUGGGCGGGACUACCCCUGGUGUAGCCAGCCUGGUCUCCCAGAUCCAAACCCUGCUCACCCCCCGGUACUCGAUCACGACCCUCCCGACGCUAGAAGAACUCCACACCCGUGGCAUCGCCAUCGGCAGCUCGGUCCUCUCGCUCACCGAACUGGACACCCAAUUCUUCGAGCACCGCACCGCCGCCAAGCUCGACGCCCUCAAAUCCCUCUGGCGCACCGCCGGCUCCAUCCUCUGGGUCACCCGCGGCGUGCGCGAUGCCUCUCCCUACUCCGCCAUGAUCCUGGGAUUGGCGCGUGUGGUCCGGUUUGAGAAUCCGAGUAUCAACUUGCAGAUUCUGGACUUUGCGGCGCAUACCGGGGAGGUGGAUACCCCGACUGCGGAGGUCAUUGCUUCUGACCUGUUGAGACUGGAAAUGGGCCGGUAUUGGAAGGAGGAGAAUGUCAAUAUCCUGUGGAGUGUCGAGCCCGAGGCCCAUUACGAGAACGGGACGCUGAUGAUUCCCCGGAUGUACCCCGACCGCGAGGCCAACGCGCGCUACAACACCCAGCGCCGGACGGUUUCCGAGGUCGUCAACCCCAAGGAGGUGUCUGUCGCGCUGGAGCCGUCACCAACAAACAACACCGGCCUGGAACUCGUCACCCCCUCGCCGCUGCGUCUCGCCCCGGCCGACGACCUCAUCGAGUUGGCCGUGUCCCACUCCGUGCUGCACGCCGUGCAUAUCCCCGGCGCAGGCUUCUUCACCCUCGCGGCGGGCAUCAACACAGAAACCACCAAACCAACCCUAACCCUCUCCGCCGGGCCAGUCGAGUCCAAACUCCAAGUCCCCGUCGAAUGGACACUCCCCCUCAAAGAACCCGUCACCCCGGCCGUCCUGGCUGAUAUCGCCGCCCACCUAGCCGCCAAGUCCCUUUUGCAGGCUGCCCCCGCAUUCGGCUCCCUCCUGGUCCACGAUCCCCCUACUGUCCUGCGCGAGGCCCUGGACAAAGAAGCCGUCCGCCAUGGCGCGCACGUCGUUUUCUCCACUUCCCAACUGCGCGAGGACGACUCCUCGGAAUGGACCGUCAUCCCCGCCAAACUGCCCACUCGUCUCGUGCAGAAACUCGUACCCGGUGACAUAUCUGCUUUCGCCAACCUCGCUGAUCCGGCGGAUGAGGCUGCGCAGGCGAGUGCUGCGUUGAUCACCCGAGUUCUGCCCGCUUACACCCCGACGACGACGGUACGGGAUGUACUCCGGCCCGAAGCCGGUGCUGUGCCGGAGCCGGUGGUGGAUAUCACGACGUCGCUGCGUGACGCCUGGAGCGCUGCGAGCAAGAAACGCCGGGGGUUGGGUUCAGGGGUCGACAACAACACCAUCUCCUUGUCCGACCUAUCCGCUGCCCAACCCGGCGAGACUACUCCCCUCUCGGUGGUUUCGUGGAGCGACAAGAGUGUGCUGAGUAACCUCCGCCCCGUGGACGCCGGCCAAAUCUUCCGCCCCGACGGCACCUACCUCAUGUUUGGUCUCUCCGGCGAGGUCGGGCAGUCUCUCUGCGCGUGGAUGGUCGCCCACGGGGCCCGGCAUGUUGUGCUCAGCUCGCGGAACCCGAAACUCCAUCCGCGGUAUGUGGCUGGUCUGGCUGCGCAGGGCGCGGAUGUGCGGGCGUUGCCGCUGGAUCUUACGAAUCGGGAGGCGGUGAGGAAGGCUGUGGGGGAGAUUAGGAGGAGCAUGCCAGAGGUUAUUGGAGUUGCGAACGGUGCGCUGUUGUUGGAGGAUGCGUUGUUUGACGGGGUGGUGUUUGAGACGCUCCAGAGAACGGCGGCGCCCAAGGUGGAGGGGAGUGCUUACCUCGACGAACUGUUCUAUGACACGCCGCUGGAUUUCUUUAUCCUGUUUACCUCUGUCGCCAACAUCACGGGUAACACCGGCCAGUCGGCGUAUGUCAUCGCCAACCAGUUCAUGACGGCCCUCGCUGCACAACGCCGUGACCGCCGCGGGGUUCCCGGCUCGACGAUAGCUAUUUCCUCGGUACAAGGCCUGGGCUACCUCGAGCACUCCGACAUUGACAAGGAUCGGUUGGUCCGCUGGGGAUACCGCAACAUCUCCGAGCAGGACCUGCACAUCCUCUUUGCCGAAGCCGUCCUUGCUGGCCGGCCCGGCGCCGCUGGUAUUGGGGAAGUCGUGACGAGUAUGUCCCCCUUCCGCGACACCGUCGAGAUCCAGCCAAACUUGCGGCUCGACCCCAAGUUCAGACACUAUCUCAUCCAAGACGGUGGUGGAUCAGCCUCUGCUGCGGGCGCCGGAGCAGGGAGUAAAGCUAUCCGGCCGCGGGCGAGGUUGGCGGGAGCGACUUCGCAGGCAGAGGUGGUGGAGAUUGUGCAGGAGUCGUUGACGGAGAAUUUGAAGAGGAUUUUGAUGAUGCCGGCGAGUGAGGAGAUUGAUCCGCUGUUGUCGUUGGUCGAGUUGGGGAUUGACUCGAUUAUGGCGGUGGAUUUGAGGACGUGGUUUUUGAAGGAGUUAGAUGUGGAUGUGCCCGUGUUGAAGAUUUUGAGUCCGGGCGAGACGGUCAGGUCGCUGGGGGAAGAGGCGUUGGGCAAGAUUCCGGCCGAGUUGGUGGAUUUUGCGAAUUUGGCCGAGGUGUCGGAUAAGUCGGCUGAGGAGAAGCCGGUUGUCGAGAAGGUGGACAAGCCAGUGGAAAAGCCAGUGGAAAAGGCAGUCGAGUCCGAAAGUGACUCCGACACAAACACCACACCCAACACCCUCGCCAGCUCUCCGGCUCUCCUAUCCACCCCCGGCACUCCCGCUACCACCGUGGACGACUUCAAGUUCGUCCCCCCUGCUCCUCCCGCUCCCACUUCCGCCGUCUCCGUGUCUGACCUCCCCCAGAUCACCGAGGCUAUGACGUUUGGCCAGCGCCGCUUCUGGUUCCUGUCGCACUACGUCGACGACCCGACCACCUUCAACAUCGCCUACCUCGCCCGCUUAACCGGUCGUCUCCGUCUUUCUGAUCUAUCCCGCGCCGUCCAAUCCGCCGCCCAACGCCACGAAACUUUGCGGACUCGCUUCUUCUGGUCCGCCGACGACACCCGCACCCCGAUGCAAGGUAUCCUCCCGCACACUUUCAUCCGCCUCGAGACAGCCACCAUCGAAACCGAAGCCCAAGCCCAAGCCGAACUCGAGGCUAUGCGUACCUUCCACUGGGACCUCGGCAACGGCGUGCCUUUGCGGAUCAAGGUCUUGUCGCUGUCCGAAACAUCCCACUUUCUUCUGCUAGGAUCUCACCACAUCUCCAUGGACGGCCACAGUUUCUCCGUUUUCUUGCUCGAUAUUCACCAAGCCUACACUUCCCCGCCUCACCGACCCCUUCCUCCGCUACCGGAGUCGUCCCAGGCGCGUGCGUUCGGAGCAGCCCAACUCGCGGCCCACUCUUCGGGCGCUCUCAACGCCGCAAUCAACCAUUAUAAAACCGUCCUCCCGGCAGCAGACCUCGCUCGCCCCAUCGCCCUGCUUCCGUUGGCGAAAGUGUCGGUUCGACCCCCGCUAGACCGUUAUGCGACUCACGUCGCGCGGACCCAUCUAGACGCGACCACCACGGCGCAGUUGAAAGCCCUUGCUCGCUCCCAGCGGGCCACGUCGUUCCAUGCCUACCUCGCUACGCUCCAGGCCCUGCUGUUCCGCCUCCUUCCCGCGGAUACUACCCCGAGAGUGUACAUCGGUAUCGCCGACGCCAAUCGGUUGGAUGCCAAAUUCCAAGCUGCCGUCGGGAAUUUCCUCAAUGUUCUUCCCUUACGCUUCGACCGUGGCAGCGCAGACCAAACAGUCGGCGAAGCCGUCCAAACCGCGCGUGACACAGCCCGCACCGCACUCCUCCACUCCGCUCUACCCUUCGAUCUACUCCUCGACGAACUGGCCGUGCCGCGGUCCAACUCCUGGGCUCCCGUCUUCCAGGUGUUCUUGAAUUAUCGUUUGGUAGUUGCGGAGCAUGCAGAGAAACGCUGGGUCGGCGCGCGGAUUGGCGAAGAGACCUGGCAUACGGCGCGCACGGGGUAUGACGUGGCGCUGGAGAUUGUGGAGGAUCAGGGGGGGGCCAUGUUGGCGGUGCAUGUGCAGAGGGGGUUGUAUGAUGAGGAGGGAGCUGGGGUUUUGGUGAGGAGUUUUGCGAAUGCGGUGAAGGAGAUUGCUAAAAAGGGGGCUGGCGUGAAGACGGGGGGGUUGCCGAAGUGGGAUGGGGCGGAUGUAAAGAGGGCUUUGGAGGUCGGGAUGGGGCCCUCCCUCUCCCUCACCUGGCCCUCCGUCACGCACCAAAUCGACAGCAUCAUCGCCGCCAACCCCACCGCCAUCGCCCUCAAAGACGGCACCUCCGUACUCACCUACGCCGACCUCGACACCCGCGCCAACACCAUCGCCCACGCUCUCCUCUCCACUCUCUCAGCUUCCAAGUCAGAGUCCGCCGACCCCAUCGCCAGCAAAACAGUCGGCGUCUUCCAAACCCCCUCGGUCAACUGGAUCGUCUCCCUCCUCGCCAUCCACCGCGCCAACGCCAUCUACCUCCCCCUCGACCUGCGCAACUCCAUCCCGCGGCUGAAGAGCAAUGUCGCGGUCGCCAAGCCGGCUGUCCUGCUCGUUGAUUCCCAAACAGCCGGCCAAGUUUCCCAGUUAGACGCCCCGGCCACGACAGCAGUAAUCAACGUUUCCUCCCUGCCUGAGACGAGCCAAAAAGUCCCAACAACAACAGUGAAGAACUCCCCCGCCUACAUAAUCUUCACCUCAGGCAGCACCGGCCUCCCGAAAGGCAUCCUAGUAACCCACGCCGGCUUAGCAGCCAACCUCGAAGGCUACCACCGCGCUUGGUCCAUCCCCUCCUUAGCCUCCGUCGUCCUGCAACAAGCCUCCUUCGGGUUUGACGCUUCCUUACUCCAAAUCUAUGCCGCGCUCACUACUGGCGGCACUCUCCUCGUAGUCCCGGCUGAGGCGAGAGGGGAUCCCGCCGAGGUGGUCAAGUUGAUGCGGGAGCAUGGGGUGAGUAUGACGCAGGCGACGCCGUCGGAGUAUGAUAUGUGGUUGCGGUUUGCACCUGAGGAAUUACGCAGGUGUACGGAAUGGAAGGCGGCUUGGUUUGGGGGGGAGAGGGCUGCUCCCGGACUGGUGGAAAGGUUUAGGGCUCUCAGUCAUCAGUUGCCUAACUUGGAGGUGUAUACCAGUUAUGGACCGACGGAGAGCACCAUCUCGGCGAUGAAAGGACGUGCGGAUGUCAGGAAUGAUUUGGAGUUGACUGUUCCCGUGCCGGGGCGGUUGCUGCCGAAUUAUGCGGCCUAUCUGGUCGAUGACGAGAUGAAUCCCCUGCCGGUGGGUGUGCCGGGGGAGAUUCUUCUGGGCGGGGCCGGGGUCGGGGAGAAUGAGUAUCUUGGCAGGGAGGACUUGACGGAGAAGGCGUUUUUGCCGAACCCGUUCCCGGUGCCGAGCACGGCGAAGACUGCGGGGGGGAAGCAGAGGUUGUAUCGGACGGGGGAUUAUGGAAGGUUGGAUAAGUCUGGGUUUUUGGCUAUUGAGGGACGGAUUGCGGGGGAUACGCAGGUGAAGUUGCGCGGGUUUAGGAUUGAGUUGGUGGAGAUUGAACGGGUGAUUCUUAGGGAGUCGGAGGGGAAGAUUGCGCAGGUGGUGGUUACUGUUCGCGGGGCGGAGGAUGAAGAUGCCUUUUUGGCUGCUCACAUCGUUCUUGAUCCGGAGCAUGCCUCUUCGUCCGCUCCGGCUCUCAUCGACCGUCUGCAUGCUCGGCUGCCGCUCAGUCUGCCGCAGUACAUGUGCCCGGCCGUUAUCGUUGCGCUGGAUACGCUCCCCCUGACAUCCAACGCCAAGGUCGAUCGACGGGCUGUUCAGGCUCUGGCUAUCCCCGAGUCCGCUACCUCAACAUCAGCGGAUACCGCCACGGAGACUCAGCCAUCUCGCCCUCUCACAUCAACAGAAACCCGCCUCGCCCGUCUCUGGGCUGCCGUGCUGCCUCGUGCGGGUGCUAUCGGCCCGCGGUCGGAUUUCUUCCUCGCCGGGGGUAACUCUCUGCUACUCGUCAAACUCCAAGCCUCGAUCAAAAAAGAGUUUGGCGACAGUCCGCGGCUGAGCAAGUUGAUGAGUGCCACCGAGCUGGCAAGCAUGGCCGCGUUGCUGGAUGAUGCAGCUGGCGCUUGGGAGUGGGAGAAGGAGGCUACUGCAGACGUGCCGGUGUCUGCUUCGUCUGGGAGUGUUCGCACCACCGGAUUGCAUGUCCUCGUGACAGGCGCGACUGGGUCGCUUGGUCAACGCGUCGUCAAACACCUCGCUUCUGACCCUGCCGUGUCUGCGCUCACCCUGCUCCUCCGAGCAACCGAAACCCGUCCCGACCCGACCACCGCCUUUUCCUCCCUGGCAACCACCACCAAGACCAAAAUCACCAUCCUCCCCGUCGACCUCACCACCGACCUGCCCUCCAUCCUAGCCACCCUCUCCAAUACCAAAGUCGACAUCAUCCUCCACAGCGCAGCCGACCGUUCCUUCUGGGACGGCUACCCCUCCCUCCGUCCCGUCAACGUCACUGCCCUCAAACAUCUCACCGCCCUCGCCGCGCGUACCAACGCAUCCCUUCACACCCUCUCCUCCGGCGCCCUAGCCGCCUUCGAUUCUGACUCUGCCUCCGAAACCCGUCCCGACCGCGCGGAUGGGUACCUUGCGUCGAAGUGGAUUGCUGAGCGGUAUCUGACCAACACAGCUGCGGCUGCGGCUAGCAAGGGUGGGGUGAGGGUUACGGCUCACCGACCGACUGCCGCGUCUGGGGGGGUCGAUGGGGAUGGGAAGGAGACGCUGGAUAAGCUGGCGAGGGAUAUGUUACGGUUGUCGGUGGAACUGGGCGUGAGGCCGGAUUAUGCUCGGUUAUCGGGGAGUUUUGAUGUUGGUGUGCUUGAGAGUGUCGCUUCUUCUCUAGCGCACAACAUCAUUCAAGGCCAGAGUGAUCCUCAGGGAGCGAGACUCAAGAAGGUGACAUACCCCGGCCAAGCCCGCGUGGAAAUCCCGGCCCUAGCAGCUAGAGCAGAGGAGUUACUCGCUGCGGGCGGGGAGGAGGCGGAGGGGGUAAAGGGACUGCCGACGGUGGGCGCGCUGCAUUGGGUUGGGCUGGCCAAGAAGGCGGGGUUGUUUGAGUGGUUGUUGACUGCGCAGGAGUUGGUUGUUGAGGAUGAGGAGGGGCGGAGGGUUGUUUCGAGGCGGUAG